AUGACGACUACGCUGCCGCGUCCAUCGCGGCCUUCGGUCGGGCCACCGAACAUGGCCUUGCCCGCUCUGCCCGUGAGCAAGACGCGCAAGAGCACCGGAAAUAUCCCCUCAUCAUCGACCUCAAGCAAGUCAGCACCUGGUACUCCCAGAUCAGGACUCCGGACGCCCUCAACUCUGAGCCUCGCUCCUCCCAGUCCAUCACCCGCACUCCCGCAGUCUAAGCUUACUGCUGGUGUAAACGGAGCGGGAAAGACUAUCCGAAAGAGCGUUAGCAUUAACUCAUUCCCACAACCACCUAGAGGUGAUACUCGUGUGCCGCCUAGCCCGCGAGCACCUGUCGACAAGAACCGAACAUCCAGGAAACCUUCCAAGGCCAACAAGGACUCGAUGUAUAGCACAUUUAGCUCGAGCACCCCCAGCUUCCUCAACGGCAGCGCCGAUGGGAAAUCCAUCACCAGCGUGCGCAUGUCUGAUGGUCUGAUCAGUGUUUCUUCCCCACCCCAGAGCAGGAGUUCUUCGGCGCAAGACUCAUACUCAACAUCGGCUACGACAUAUGAUGAUCCCGUAGAAGGCUCGAGCCAGAAGCCCGAUGCCACUGCUGAUAAGCGAGCGUCGAAGCAUGAUGGAAAGGGCAACGUCGUGGUGAGCGUCCGAGUCCGACCGGAUGCAAAUGGUAACAAUGGGAGUCCGGACGGCGAAUGGAUGGUUGAUGGGCGCAAGUCGCUUAUUUCAUUCAGAGGAAAAGAUGGCGGGGAUCAUUUCUAUGACAACGUUUUUACGACUCACGAUAACAACUCCCGAGUAUACGAUCACAUCGCAAAACGGCUAGUCCGACGAGUUAUGGAGGGCUAUCAUGGUACUGUCUUUGCCUACGGUAUGACCGGCACAGGCAAGACAUUUUCGAUGCAAGGAACUGCCUCAUCACCAGGCGUGAUCCCCCUCGCCAUCACUGAUAUUUUCUCUUACAUCCGAGAAACACCCUCGCGAGAGUUUUUGCUGCGAGUCAGCUACCUUGAGAUUUACAACGAAAAGAUUCAUGACUUGCUGAGCAUGCCCACAGCUGGCGGCAUCGGCGGCGGCACACAGCAGGAUGAGAUCAAGCUUCGCGAGGACAGCAAGCGUGGUGUCUAUGCCACACCCCUAAAGGAGGAGAUUGUGCAGAGUCCCACCCAGCUUCUACGUGUCAUUGCCCGGGGUGACCAAGCUCGGAGGACAGCCAGCACCCAGUUCAAUGCUCGCAGUUCGCGAAGUCACGCUGUCGUUCAAAUUGUGGUUGAGAGCCGAGAACGCAUGCCAGGCGCCAGCUCAGCUGGGGAGAGCAAGCGAUCCGGACUUCUUCCCGGUGGUGUCCGCGUGUCAACGCUGAGCUUGAUUGAUCUUGCUGGUUCUGAAAAGGCCGCCGAGUCAAAAGAGCGGAGACAAGAGGGUGCUCACAUCAACAAGAGUUUGCUCACUCUAGGAACCGUCAUCUCGAAGCUUUCAGAGUUGAAGGAGAAGGAGAGCAAGGGUGGAGACAAGGAAGGAAAGCAUCUUCCUUACCGUGAUAGCAAACUUACUCGACUCUUGCAAGGAGCUUUGUCCGGAAACUCACUCGUCAGUAUCCUCUGCACCAUCCAGAUCGGUGCUGGAAACAGCGCCGUGCUAGCCAAUAACCACACCCUGGAGACGAUCAACACCCUCAAGUUUGCCUCGAGAGCCAAGAAUAACAUUGUCAGCCACGCAAAGAGAGCCGAGGAAGCCCUCGGAGCUGGUGGUGAAGGAGGCGCGAGGGUGUUGCUUGAGCGUUACCGGAUGGAGAUUCUAGAACUAAGACAGCAACUGGAUUCUCAGGCCAAGAAGAAGAAGAAGGAGGAGUCCGAAGAGGAUAAGAUCCAGAACGAGGUGGAGGAGAAGGCGCGGGAAGCUGAGGCUGCAGAACGACACGAGGAACAAAUUCUCGAGAUGCAGCUUGCCCGAACAGCACUCAAGGAGCGAAUCGAUCACCUGAACCGACUCAUCCUCAGCUCCAAAUCAAUCGGUGUCAACUCGAACGGAUCCAUCAGCUCUCUUGGACAAUAUGCUCGCUUCUCCCAGAUCUCACUACCGGCAUCGAUUCGCUCAUCGGUCGCUACGUCUGUGGGCGGUAAGUCGCUCUUGGAGCGAACAUCAUCGAUGACCUCAGCAUCAUCCACCAUUGGACGUCGGUCUAGCGGCGGCCAGAGAAUCGGAGACGAGAUGGGCGAGGUCGAUGACGACAGUGCCGGGGAGUUUGGAGACGGCACAGCUUCUUUGACGGCGCAGAACCGUGCCCUCCAGGCUGAUCUUAUGGACAAGAACCGGUAUAUCGCGACAUUGGAGAAGCGACUCCUCCAGGCUCGCCGUACAAGUUCCAGCCGAGCUUCGGUGGGUUUCGCUGCGCCGAACAAGGGCAUCAUGGUCGGAGAGGACCAUAGCGUGUCUGCGGCACUUCGAGAGAAGGACAACGAGAUUGCCGAUUUGCGAGCAAGACUGGACGACAAGGACAGGAUGCUGGCUGCAUUGCGGAGUGCGGCUCGAUCCCGGGACACGGCUGAGGCGACAGUUGAACCUCGAUCACCGCCUCCGCAACAAGAAUCGCAUCCUCAGACGCCAACUGAGACGAAGCCAGCAGAAUGCGAGAAGAAGCGAAGCCGAGGGGUUGAUGAGAUGAACAAUCUUCUUGAUGAGAUGCUCCAAGAUCGAGUCGAGUCUGGAGAAGUGGUCCGGGGCAAGCGAGGAAGUUUGCGUCUGGCCAGCGGUCCGAAGAUGGACUCGCUAGCAGAACCCAGCAUGGAGCCGCUACGACGAACACCGACACCAAGCCCGAUCGAGGAGCCCAAGGCUGUGCCGGCAGAGGUAUAG